CAUAGUUAUAAAAGAAUGACGAGGGACUAUUCAAACAUUUACAAUUUGGAAGUUGCAACGAGUUACCUGUCCAAUAUGUUCAGUUCAAAGAGUCUCGUAUCUAUUUUUGUUUUGUGUUUGGUGCAUGAAUCUCUAAGCAAGCCAUAUUCAAGUAGUGUAGAGGGUCGCGGUGUCGGCUCCACAUUAUGGGGUUGGAUAAGUUAUCCAUUUACAUGGUGGAGUUCUGAUGUUAACGAAAUACCAUUUGAAACAGGCCCAGGUGUUGGAACGAAUCCCUUUGACGGGUCCAACUCUGUUGAAAUAGAAAGUUACAACGUGAGCUUGUGGUGCACCGAUCAGACGUGCACCACAAUUAAGUGUAACAGGUUAGGUUGCAAGAAUAUCACAUGCAACUUGUACGACACUGAUAUGACUGGAGAAUGUAGGCACUACAAUACGAAGGUAAAACCAGAGGAACCAACGACGCCAAGAUCAACAGAAACGUCUUUAAAACCCCAGCCAGAAGACCAAAAAUCUGAAAACUCGUCACAACCCACCGUAGUACCAAACACAGUUAUAUCGUCCACUGAAAACUACAACACCCAGGUUACCGAAGAUCGUCCGCUGGAAUUAGAAGCCGUGUUAUCGUCAACGGUUACUGAAAAUGUAGAGAAAGAAGUGGCAUGAUGUUUAAACGCCGUAAUGAACAGAUGCGGCUAUGAGAAAUAAUGGCACCUAUAAUUUUUUAACAUUGGAUUUAGACGAAAUACUUCUGAAUUAUAUUGAGAACUUUUUCACACAGCAUAUAACAAAAUUAACGAAUAGAUUAAUUAAAAACAUGAACAUUGAUUCAAUUUGUUUGGAUGGAAUAUGUUAUUACUCGCGUUGUCAAAAUUAUUAUAACUGUGAAGUAGAGUUUUGUAAGUAUCACCUGAUCACUGGGAAGAAGGUUUGUUCGUCCAACAAACCUAAUGAUCGAUUCAAACAAAGCCAAGAUACAAUUGAGAAUGCAUUGCAAACUAACGAGAAUACCUUUAGUAAUUAUAACAUGGAAGAUAAUGAGGUUAACUUAAUUAAUAAAUAAUAAUAAAUUAGUU